AUGUCAGAAAAGAAACCUGUGACGAUAGUAAAUGGUGAAUAUACCAUGGAGAAAGAGAUCGGUAGAGGAUCCUUUGCCAUGGUCUUUAAAGGAUAUCGUAGUAGCGAUAGGUCUGAACAUAUCGCCAUCAAAGCGGUAUCAAGAUCAAAGUUGAAAAAUAAAAAAUUAUUGGAAAAUUUAGAGAUUGAAAUAGCUAUUUUGAAGAAGAUUAAGCAUCCCCACAUUGUGGGUCUUAUGGAUUGUGAAAGGACGGCGACAGAUUUCUUUCUUGUAAUGGAAUACUGUGCAUUAGGUGAUUUGACGUUUUUAAUUAGGAAACGGAAGGAACUUACGGAAAACCACCCAUUGCUAAAAUCUGUAUUUGAGAAGUAUCCACCACCAAGUCCAAAUCAUAAUGGACUACACCGUGCUUUCAUCGUAAACUAUUUACAACAAUUGGCAUCUUCUCUUAGAUUUUUAAGGACGAAGAAUUUGGUUCAUAGGGAUAUUAAACCACAGAAUUUGCUGCUAGCUACACCAUUGAUGGGGUAUCAUGAUGCUCAAAGUUUUCAUGAAAGUGGAUUCGUCGGCAUUUACAAUCUACCCAUUUUAAAAAUUGCAGAUUUUGGAUUUGCUAGAUUUUUACCAAACACUUCAUUGGCCGAGACCUUGUGUGGUAGUCCUUUGUACAUGGCCCCUGAAAUUUUAAACUAUCAAAAAUAUAAUGCCAAAGCAGAUUUAUGGUCUGUAGGGGCCGUGCUUUAUGAAAUGUGUUGUGGGAAACCGCCAUUUAAAGCAUCUAACCAUUUAGAGCUUUACAAAAAGAUCAAAAGAGCUAAUGAUGUAAUUACUUUCCCUAGUCAAUGUGAGGUCGAACAAGAACUUAAAGAUUUAAUAUGUGGCUUGUUAACGUUUGAUCCAGCCAAUAGAAUGGGAUUUGCAGAAUUUUUUGAGAACAAGUUGGUUACAGAAGAUUUAUCACCAUACGAAAUGGAUGAAGCGGUACCAGAACUCGAGACUAAGUCUAAGGACGUCGUGGAAAGUAAUAUGUUCAUAUCUGAAUAUUUGGCAAAACCUCCGCCUCCCUCUUCAAAGAGACAGUCAAAUGGCACCAGACCUUUGGUCAAAGAAGAUUUGAAACCAUUGACUUCUCAUGACGUACAGCAACGACAGUUAGAAACCGCUGCAGGUCAUCCAAACGCUAACAAUGAUACCAGUGGUAGUAAUAAAAACAAUAAUAAUAACAGUAAUAAUAACGCCCUAAUCAAUCCAUCCCGUACUGUUAGAGGAAAUCCUUCUAUGGGUAGAGCCAAGAAGAUUGGUUCGUCGGGCUCUGGGUCUGAUCUCAUGUUAGAAAAGGAAUAUGUCGUUGUGGAGAAAAAGACAGUGGAGGUUAAUGCAUUGGCAGAUGAAUUCGCUCAGGCAGGGCCGGGACCAGCCGUUUUGCAACAACAACAACAACAGCAACAACAACAGUUACCAAAUAGUAGACAGGGUACACCAGCAUCACAGAGACAGAGAAAUUUAUCAGACGGAUCAUCGCCUAUGGCUCACGUAGGAGCACAACCACAGCAACAGGCGUUCUUAACGGGUCGUACGGCACGUACAUCCAAUUCAAGUGGUGGUAGUAAUUCUCGCAGAGCUUCUUUAGUUGAUCGCAGGCUUUCUUUAACGUCGUUGAAUCCUUCAAGCGCUCUUUCCAGAGCUCUAGGUAUUGCUUCUACAAGGUUAUUUGGCACAACACCGACAAAUCAAAACCAGCAGCAGCAAUCGUCUAAUUCAUCUUCUCCAAACUACAGGUCUUCUCUGUUAAAUCCUAAGAUUUUCCAAGAUUUAACAGAAAAUAUCAUUUUACGUGUGGAGCAUCUGCAGGGUCAGUUGCCGCAAAAGAUGGAUGGGAACAGUGUUAUUUUGUGGUUAGAAACUUUGUCAGCAAAGGCAUUCGUUGUUUUCUCGUAUGCUGAAGUGAAAUUCUCACAGAUUGUCCCCUUACCAAAAAAUUCUAAAGAUCACCAUUUUGAAAAAAGGUUGAGUAACAGUAGUUGUGCUGUUGAAGAGGAAGAAGAUGAUGAACCUGAUUUUCUUGCUAAGCAAGGGUUUCGUAAUAGAAGUGCAUCCACCACUAGUUCAGUAUUAAACGAAUUGCCAACCAAUGAGAUGCUUCAACUGUGCACUGAAGCUGUUAUUUUAUACAUGAAGGCUUUGUCAAUUCUAGCGAAGGCAAUGCAAAUUACAUCUACUUGGUGGUAUGAAUCCCAAGAUAAAGUUUACUCAUUGAGGCUCAACCUUUUGGUACAAUGGAUUCGUGAAAGAUUCAACGAAAGUUUGGAAAAGGCAGAUUUCUUGAGGGUGAAGAUCAACGAAUUGAAGACGGCUUGUGCCAGCGAUCGUACCCUAAUCAAACCAGAAGGUGCUAAAGAAACGUUGGAGACAAAUGAUCAGCUGAAACAAGAUGAAGGAGAUUCGCCGCAAAUUGAUGAAAUUGGGGAUGAAGAGCCUGUGUAUCUGGAAAAAAUGCUUUAUGAUAGAUCUUUAGAGAUUUCAAAAGCUGCUGCCAAAUUAGAAAUUCAAGGUGAACACUUGAACAAUUGUGAAUUGGCCUAUGCAACAUCUCUAUGGAUGUUGAAGACUCUGUUAGAUGAGACUUCGGAUGAAUACCUAUAUAACGAGCAGGAUAUCGUUACUACAGGGAUUCUAGAUGAGCAAGAUAAAAGGAUUAUCAAGAAAUACAUUGACAGUAUCGCUAACCGUUUAAAGGCAUUGAGGCAUAAGAUGAACCACGGAUGA